CGGAAGGCGGGGAGGGGCCGUCCGUUGGGCCCGAGGCGGCGGCGGCAGCGGCGGCGGCAGCGGCCGGGGCGAACCGCUCUUGUCGCCUCUCGGGGCAGGAGCGGCGGGGCCCGCGCCUCCUCCCCCCGGCGCCGCGGAGGGGGGAGGAGGAAGAUGGAGACCCACAUCUCGUGCUUGUUCCCCGAGCUGCUGGCCAUGAUCUUCGGCUACCUGGACGUCCGGGAUAAGGGGCGCGCGGCGCAGGUGUGCACGGCCUGGCGGGACGCCGCCUACCACAAGUCGGUGUGGCGGGGGGUGGAGGCCAAGCUGCACCUGCGCCGGGCCAACCCGUCGCUGUUCCCCAGCCUGCAGGCCCGGGGUAUCCGCCGCGUGCAGAUCCUGAGCCUCCGCCGCAGCCUCAGCUACGUGAUCCAGGGCAUGGCCAACAUCGAGAGCCUCAACCUAAGCGGCUGCUACAACCUCACUGACAACGGGCUGGGCCACGCGUUUGUGCAGGAGAUCGGCUCCCUGCGUGCCCUGAACCUGAGCCUCUGCAAGCAGAUCACCGACAGCAGCCUGGGCCGCAUAGCCCAGUACCUCAAGGGCCUGGAGGUGCUGGAGCUGGGGGGUUGCAGCAACAUCACCAAUACCGGCCUCCUGCUCAUCGCCUGGGGCCUGCAGCGCCUCAAGAGCCUUAAUCUCCGCAGCUGCCGCCACCUCUCGGACGUGGGCAUAGGGCACCUGGCCGGCAUGACGCGCAGCGCCGCCGAGGGCUGCCUGGGCCUGGAGCAGCUCACGCUGCAGGACUGCCAGAAGCUCACCGACCUUUCUCUAAAGCACAUCUCCCGGGGGCUGACGGGCCUGAGGCUCCUCAACCUCAGCUUCUGCGGAGGCAUCUCGGACGCAGGCCUCCUGCACCUGUCGCACAUGGGCAGCCUACGCAGCCUUAACCUGCGCUCCUGCGAUAACAUCAGUGACACUGGCAUCAUGCAUCUGGCCAUGGGCAGCCUUCGCCUCUCAGGGCUGGAUGUGUCGUUCUGUGACAAGGUGGGGGACCAGAGUCUGGCUUACAUAGCCCAGGGCCUGGACGGCCUCAAGUCCCUGUCCCUCUGCUCUUGCCACAUCAGCGACGAUGGCAUCAACCGCAUGGUGCGGCAGAUGCAUGGGCUGCGCACGCUCAACAUCGGACAGUGUGUGCGCAUCACAGACAAGGGCCUGGAGCUGAUCGCUGAGCACCUGAGCCAGCUCACUGGCAUAGACCUGUAUGGCUGCACCCGAAUCACCAAGCGCGGCCUGGAGCGCAUCACGCAGCUGCCCUGCCUCAAGGUACUCAACCUGGGACUCUGGCAGAUGACGGACAGUGAGAAGGUCAGGGAUUGCUCUGAUUUUGCCUGGUGGAGUUGCCUGUACCAACCCAGAACAUUUGGUACUAUGUAAAGUCGAGUCUUCCGGUUAAGGUGGAAGAGAAAGUAAGCUUGAGAUCUUAACUGUGCAGCACUAGCGUGGGGGUAUGUUGAACAUCCCCGCCAAUGAAAUAGAAGUGCAGUUCCUCUGCUUGCUGUUCGUUAACCCAGAAAA